GAGGUCGGAUUACCCAGCUAAUAUCUCGGCUCGUCUGCUCGACCCUGAUGGUCCUCCACAGUAUUUCAGUGUUUGCAGUUAUCAUUAUACGUGAUUUGGUGAGGGAUGCGCGGGGAGCGAAUUCGGCUUGGUACCGAGAGAAGUGCGCGGUCGUGAAAGACGAGUGCGUGGAUUUCACAGGCUACGUGGACCUCAUGCCUUUGUUUCGAGCGGAGCCGCUCUGCUCUGAGCCAGAAACAAGAGCCCUCUGCAAUUAUGCAGGAAAAAGCGGGGAACCUUCGGAGGAUGUGAUUCUGGGAUGCGUCCUCAUUGUUUUUGGUUCAAUAUUUAGCAUGGUAUCUCUAGCGGUCAAUCGUUCGCGGAUAAGACCGUCGACUCGCAGGGCGUGCUUAAGCUUUGAGGCGGCAGAACUGAGCGGCAGACGAUCCUACCCUUGAUGAACCGGAACCUUAAGAGAAAACCGUCCGUGAAGGGC